AAACAAUUAAACCCUCUGUGACUGGAGGAGGAGCCUAGGGUUUUGGUACUGUGCGUGCGUCUCCAUUGCUUUCUCGAGUAAUCUUCCUCCCAACCCAAAAAAGCUUCUUCGAUCUUCUUCGUUUCUAUAUGUGACCCUCUUUGUGAUUGUGCUGUUAUAUUCAUCCAAAAAAAUAAAUGUCUAAGAAGAAGAGUAGUAGCAGUUCUUCUUUGAAGAAGCUGUCCCAAGCUGGAGACAAACCUUCUAUACAACAAAAGAAACCUGGUAAGAUAGGGAAAGAGAUUGAUGACAUUUUUGGUGGGGGGAAGAAUAAGAAGAAGGUGUCUCAAGCACCUGCCACAGUACAAACCAAACCUGGUAAAAUAGGGAAAGAGAUUGAUGACAUUUUUGGUGGGAGGAAGAAGAAGAAGGAGAAGGAGGUAGAAGAAGUGGAAACGAGUAAGAAGAAAGGGGUCAUGGCAAAGAGGAAAAGGAAGAGGAGUGAUGUUGAGGGAUUCAAUAACAACAACCCGAAGAGAACAGGGCCGAGGAAGAGGACUGAGGAUGGGUUACUAGUGUUCACGGAAGAAGAACUUGGUAUCAAUAAGGCCAAUGCUGGUAAUACGCGUGACUGUCCUUUUGCUUGCAAUUGUUGCUUCUAGUUUCCUUUCUUCGUUUUUGUUAAACAAAUUUUUGAAAGCUUUGGUUUUUACAUUGAAUACAAUUGGAUAAAUGAUCUAAGUUAACCAACUGUGUGUGUUGUUAUUAACAGUUUUACUUUUUUAAUCCAAUUGCUUCU